ACUCCUCUUCUCAAAUCAAAAACCCCUCUUCUCAAAACCCUAGAUCAAUCAAGGGUUUUGUUUUUCUUGGUGGUUAGGGCUUGGUUGCAGUAACUAUAGGGUUUUUUUUUUUUUUUUUUUGUUUCUGAUUUUUAAUUUUUUACUUGGAUUUCGGAGGAGCUGUUUUUGUUUUCAGAGUGAGGAUGCUUAGGGGUUGUUUAGGAGUGAUGCUGUUCCUCCUUUAACGCUGUUUUUGCUCUAGCUUCGGUGGUUCUGCUUUUUUGAUUCUUGGAUUUUCCUCAUUGGGUCAAAAACCCCUGCAAAACCCUCUUCUAAAGCACCAUUGUGUUUGUUAUUGAGUAUCUAGGGUUGAAAGGGGACUUCUUGCAAUUUCCUUUUAAGCAGAGAUUAGAGAUUUUCACAUUUGAAGAAAAUCUUUGUAGAACCCUUUCUCAAAAUAUCCUUUUCUGUUUGUUCCAUACCGCAAUUUUUGAAUCUGAUCAGCAUUGGGGGUUUUUAAAGGAGCAAUCUUUAGCUGCCAAGAAAAAGUCUCAUCUUUUGCCAGUCUUCUUUUUUUUAGCUUAUUCAAACCUGCGAGUAAUUUCUCAUAUUAAAUGCAUGGAUGGGAGAGAAGCUAUGGCAUUAACUGGUGGGUCAACUCCAUAUUACAUUCAUAGAGCGGGAGUUGGUGGGGACGGUUCUGCAUCUGCAACCCACUCUGGUGCUGCAUCAUAUCAUGGCGCACCUCCCUUCAGGUCCAUAACCAAUCCGCAGGCUCACGCUAAUGUUGGAUCACCAUUUUCAUUAGAAGCUAAAACUGCCAGUUUUCCUCAUGACACUAGCAUGGGUGUCCCCUCUGGCGUGCCAUCCAGUGAGCCAGUAAAGAAGAAGAGAGGGAGGCCCCGAAAAUAUGCUCCCGAUGGCCAGGUGCCCUUGGGGCUUUUACCUAUGCCGACCAAGUAUAAGCCUUCGUCAGAGUCGGAUACGUCGGGACAAAAACGUAGCAGAGGGAGGCCUCCUGGGUCUGGAAGGAAGCAGCAACUAGCACUUCUCGGUGAAUGGAUGAAUGAUUCAGCUGGCCAGGCUUUUGCUCCCCAUGUGAUCUCUGUUGGAGCUGGAGAAGAUAUUGUAGCAAAAAUGUUGUCAUUUGCACAACAGAGACCAAGGGCUGUCUGCAUAUUGUCAGGCAGUGGUGGAGUUUCUUCAGUAACACUACGUCAGCCUGGAUCGACUACACCUAGUGUCACAUACCAGGGUCAUUUUGAGAUAUUAUGCAUGUCGGGUUCUUAUCUGGUGGCUGAGGAUGGUGGGCCCCGUAGUCGAACUGGGGGGAUAAGUGUCUCUCUUUCUACUCCUGAUGGUCACGUUAUGGGUGGUGGAGUUGCAACACUGAUUGCUGCAAGUCCAGUUCAGCUGGUGGUAUGCAGUUUCGUCUAUGGAGGAUCUAAAUCCAAGAAUAAGCAACUAGCUAGCCCCAAAGACAACAAGGAUUCUCCACUGCAAUCCAAUAAUAAAACAGCUACUCCAAGUAGUGCACCUCCGACCCAAAAUUACUCUCCAGCUGGAGGAAUGAUUGCUUGGCCUGGUUCACAGUCAGUUGAUCUGAGAAAUCCCCACACUGAUAUUGACUUGACACAAGGAUGAUCGUUUGGUGCAACCGAAACAUGGCAUCUUUGUACAAAUUUGUUGUUGUACAUGUACCUUGGCAACUAUGGAAAAUGGAAAUUCAAAUCCUUCCUGUCUGCUUGAUGCGACCAGAAGGGCUCGUUCUAACGUAGUGUGUAACCAUGACCAUGAGGUUAACAGAAUUGAAGUUCCCCUAUUAUUUAAUGUUAGAGAUAUGUUAAUCCGUUGCUAGCACGGAAUAUCAGCCAUUAUUUUGACUUUAAUUUAAGAUGGUCUUGCAAUCAAUUUCCUAAAUUUUCAUUGAAAUCAUUAGCUUUGUGAGUCAUAAAGCUAUGAAAUUCUA